AGUCAUCUAUAGAGGGGUAUAUUCGUCUUCAUCCACAAUCAGAAACCCUAGUUAUUGUGCCAAAGUAUUUUCUUUCCUUCCCUUCUUCCAUUUGUGUGGCCGGCGCCGUGUCUACAAAUUCUACAGAGUUCUCCCCGGGCUCAUUUUCUCUCCCCCGUUUAAGGAAUGGAAUCCCAAAUCAAGCAUGCUGUUGUGGUCAAAGUAAUGGGUAGAACUGGAUCAAGAGGGCAAGUGACUCAAGUGAGAGUUAAGUUUCUUGAUGAUCAAAAUCGUUACAUUAUGAGGAAUGUCAAGGGACCAGUGAGGGAAGGUGACAUUCUUACCCUGUUGGAGUCUGAGAGGGAAGCUAGAAGAUUGCGUUAGAUCAAACCCCCACUUCACCAAUUUGCAGUUGCUGAAUGUUAUGUUUAUCCCCGUUUUGGUUUUAUCUUCAAAAUAGAAUGGCUCUUAUCAUUUUUUCCUCUUUUAUGUGUGGUUUCAGUGGCAUUUUGGUUCUAAGCCAGAAUACCUUAACUGGACGAGUACUUUAAUUGAGUUUUGAAACCAUCUAUUUCAAAGUUUUGUGGCUGUUUGCUAA